AUGACGAUGAGUUCGGCCGGACGGUGUGCUCCCAAGAGCCGGCGAGUGCCUCAGGAGCUGCGACAGCGCACGGAACGCAGCUGUGACCGGUGCAAGAGCCGCAAGCAAAAGUGCAGCGCAGUGCCAGGCCAAGACCGAUGCCGACACUGUCUCAAGCACGGGUACGAGUGCCUGGUGACGAAGCCACGCAAGCAGCGACUGUACGGCAGCCCGGAGGUGCAAAAUGCACGCAUGACUCUACUGGAGAGCGUGGUGCGACAGCUGAUGCCGACGGCAGACCUGUCGAGCACAGAGAGCCUGGAGGCACUGGUCCGAGAGGUGGGGGGGAAGACAGAGAUGGAGGGGAUGGGGGGCGAGACGGGAGGGAUGGCGGCCGAAAGGGCAGACAACAAAACGGCAGACAGGACAUAUGAGACGAGAAGCGACAGAAAAAAGACUGAGACAUCACCUCCAGAGCAGGGACGGUUCAUGCACGACCGACAGGGCCAGGCGCAGUACAUUGGCCGGGCCAGCUCCUUUCUCUUCCAGCGGAGGCUGCGAACGAUGGUGAGUCGUCGACAGCAGGGAGAGGGGGACGACGGUGGUGCCGACAACGACCUCCACGAAGGACCAGUAGACUUGCAGUCAAUGGCCCACGCGGCACAGUCGCCGAGCAGUCUACCGGGGAUGAUGGCGUGGCCGGGAUCCGUGGACGAGCUGUUGCAAGAGAGCGAGGGAGAAGAUGACGAAAAUGACGACGACAACAAAGGCCACAGCAAUCACAACGACGAUGCCGGCAGCACGCUUGUGGUCUACGGCCUGGUGCAGACUUUUUUUGCCCGCGUCAACAGCGACUUUGCCGUGCUGCACGAGCCCACCUUUCUGAAGCAGCUCGACAACUGGUGUCGCCAGCCCGAUGACGUCGACCCUGUCUGGCUGUGCACGCUGCUCUGCGUCCUGCUGCUGUCGCGGCGGCAGUAUGAGUUUGAGGGUCGCCGUCUCGGCGCCCGCCUCGAGCAUCGAUGGUGGCGCCAGGCUCAGGCGCUGCUCUGUCGCGUGCUCUUCACGUCCAGCUUGGCCGCUGUGCAGGCACUCCUGCUGGCGGCCCUGCACCUACACCACACCAACUCGCGCGAUGUGUGCUGGACGCUGACGGGGGCAGCCGUGCGCAUCGGCCACGCCAUCGGACUGCAUCGACAUGGGAAACGUGGUGAAGAUCAUGGUCACGUGAACGGCGACGGAAUGUGGCCGCUGGACCGAGCGAUGCGCCGACGGGUCUGGUGGACGCUUUUUGCGUUUGAGCAGCUGCAGGUAUCGUCGCACGACCGGCCGAGUGCGGUGGGAUGGGAGGGUGAGGGCGAGGGGGUGGAUGGGUUUGACGAAGACGGACUCGACGAAGACGGGCCUGGAGAGGUGGACGGUCACAACCAAGAUCACACCCAGGAAUCCAAUCAGGACCACCACAACUACCACGACCACGAUACCCGCCUCCUCUUCCCACCCUACGCCGUCUGGUCCAGCCGUCUUGCCGUUCUGCUCGGUCUCGCCUGUCGGGCCAUCCGCAACCGGGGCUCCAGCGACAGGAAAAGCUUCCGGGCUGAUGCCGACACGACUACCCCCCAUCACGAAUCCGUUCUCCGUCGUCUCGCACGCUGGCGCGACAGCCUGCCCCUCGACCUCAGUCCCGCCGCCGUCGAUGCCGUCGAUGCCGUUCCACCGGCCCAGCGCCGACCCCUGCUGCUGCUGCAUAUCCAGUACCACUACGUGGCCGCGCUGGUGUCGCGGCCGGCACUCCUACAACAGUUUCGGGCGGCACCGGCAGCCGCGUCGACUUCCGUGACCACGCCGUCGCCGCUGGCCGCCGUCUGCGUCGAGUCUGGGCGGCUAUCGUGUCAGCUGGUGCUGCAGCUGGACCGGCUCGGCUGCUUCAGCCCGCACGCCUGGGCAGACGUCUACUAUCUGUACUCGUCCGUGCUCGUGCUCGUGCUCGGGAUUGUCUGCGGAGCGGACAGCCUCUACCCACAGAACAGCAGCCCCCAUGGCCACACGUCCCUCCGCGCCCUUCUCGACCGCGGCUGCGCCCUCGCCGCCCGCCACCACGCCGACCCGCAUGUGCCCGGAACCAUGCGUCGCUGGAUGUCCGUCAUCGGCGAGCUGUAUGCCCUGGUGGCCGAGACGGACGACGGGACGGACGGCGAGACCCGACAGGGUCAUGGACGAAGCCGAAAUGGCGAGAAUGGUCAGAACAGUCACAACAGCCAGACCCAGAAUGUCGACAACAGUCUCAUCCUUCAAUACCCGUCCAAUCUCAACCACUGUCACCCCAACACUCACAACCACCUCGUCCACCUUCCCAGCCACCACUCCUUUCAUACCCACCAAAACCCCCCUAUCCAACAGCUCCUCGCCGUCUCCUCCUUCGACCAUCCUCCCACUUCCCUCCCGCUGCUGGCUGCCUGUCCUACCAGCGUCCCCACUGGCUUCCUCGAUAUGGCUGAUGUCUCGGCCAUGUCGGCCGUCUCGACCGUCUCGACCGUCUCUACCGUGCGUCAGCCCGCCCCAGACCUCUUCGACCCUAGCCUCUACGGCUACAGCGCCUUCCCGCUGCCCGCUGCCGCUUCUGACCCUGUCGCCUGGCCCGAGAUGCACUGGGAGGGCAUCAGCGACAUGCUGCUAGGCAUGGAGCCCCGUCCGUGGAACUCCUCCUUUGGCCACGAACAAUAG